UGCUCCCGUUUGCCGUGUCGUGUCUGUUCAUGCACGCGUGUAAAUAUCUCUGUCUGUGGUUACAAACUUCUCGGUCACGGGUUUAUCCCUUUGAGGGUUUUUCUGUGGUGGUGAUGGACGUUUCAAUGGGCUCACAACCACGGGCUUCCUUUUAAAAGUUACCCAAUUAUUAUAACUAUUGGGCUUUCACAAGGCCCGUAAUUUAUAUUAUAUUAACCGAAAUAUAUAAGCAUGACAUCUCCGCUGGGCGCUGGCUAACUAGGGUUUCUUUCUCUCUUCACCACUCGUCACAACCGUGGUAAGACUAAGAGGCAUCCCGGCGAAGCUUCAGAAUCCGCCACCAUGGGCCGUAUGCACAGUCGAGGUAAGGGUAUCUCAGCUUCUGCAUUGCCUUACAAAAGGACCCCUCCGAGUUGGCUGAAGACCUCUCCUCAGGAUGUUGAUGAUUCAAUUUGCAAGUUUGCAAAAAAGGGUUUGACUCCAUCACAAAUCGGUGUUAUUCUCCGUGACUCCCAUGGGAUUCCUCAGGUCAAGAGUGUUACCGGAAGCAAGAUUUUGAGAAUACUGAAAGCCCAUGGACUUGCUCCUGAGAUCCCAGAGGAUCUUUACCACCUUAUUAAGAAGGCUGUUGCUAUCCGUAAACACCUUGAGAGGAACAGGAAGGACAAGGAUUCCAAGUUUAGGCUGAUUUUGGUUGAGAGCAGGAUUCACCGUCUUGCUCGCUAUUACAAGAAAACAAAGAAGCUUCCUCCUGUCUGGAAGUAUGAAUCCACAACCGCCAGCACCCUUGUGGCUUAAAAGCCUUGGAGGGAAGAGAUUCGCAUCGUGUCUUUUGUGUUUGACUGGAACGGAUGGUUUGGUUUAUGUUUGCUACCCCCCUUUUUUAAUCAGUUUUAAUGUUCCUGGCCA